AAACAAAUUAAUUAGUCUGUCAUAGAAAAGUAAGAAAAAUAUGAAAGGAUGAUGAGCCCCAGGACUAGGGAAAUGAUGAGCGUAUAUUCAGCGUGACCUCUAACAUUCCUUAAUUCCCUCUCUCCCUCUCAUCUCCAUUGUAUUUAUAGUUGGCGCGGAUGGUGACUUGUAGCUUCCCACACCCCGUUGGAUAUUUUUGGCAGAUCUGAGAUCGACGUCAUGGCGGAGGCAUCGCGCGAGGAGAACGUUUACAUGGCGAAGCUGGCGGAGCAGGCCGAGAGGUACGAGGAGAUGGUGGAGUUCAUGGAGAAGGUGUCCGGAUCGCUGCCGGAGAAGGAGGAGCUGAGCGUGGAGGAGCGGAACCUGCUGUCGGUGGCGUACAAGAACGUGAUCGGGGCGAGGCGGGCGUCGUGGCGGAUCAUCUCCUCCAUAGAGCAGAAGGAGGAGUCCAAGGGAAACGAGGACCACGUGGCCACCAUCAAGAGCUACCGCUCCAAGAUCGAGAAGGAGCUCUGCAACAUCUGCGACGGCAUCCUCAAGAUGCUCGACGACCGCCUCGUGCCUUCCGCCUCCUCCGGCGACUCCAAGGUCUUCUACCUCAAGAUGAAGGGAGACUACCACAGGUACUUGGCUGAGUUCAAGACCGGCGCUGAAAGGAAAGAGGCCGCUGAGAGCACUCUCUCUGCUUACAAGGCUGCUCAGGACAUUGCUAACACCGAGCUGGCCCCCACGCAUCCAAUCCGACUUGGAUUGGCUCUCAACUUCUCUGUUUUCUACUACGAGAUUCUCAACUCCCCAGACCGCGCUUGUAGUCUUGCAAAACAAGCCUUUGAUGAAGCGAUUGCUGAGUUGGAUACCUUAGGCGAGGAGUCCUACAAAGACAGCACCUUGAUCAUGCAGCUCCUUCGCGACAACCUCACUUUAUGGACCUCCGACGUGCAGGAGGAAGGAGCUGAUGAGAUAAAGGAAGCCCCCAAAGCUGAAGAAGGACAGCAGCAGUGAGGAGCUCCUACUAAAUUAAGUGUCGAUCACCAUUGGAGGUUGAUAUGAUCACUAGUUUGUUUGGUGUUAUUUCAUUAUUAUUGUACAACUUUAAAUUUCCGUUUUAGCUGCUGUUUCUGGUUUGUAGGAGUCAUUUAGUUUCUUGGCUAUGCCAAGUUAUAUAUAAACUUCUCAUGAAGUAUCUCAUAACUGCAACUGUUUUUUUUCUAAUGAUGAACUUCGAAGAGAGGGUACUGGGAGUCCUUCCUGCA